GUCGUCAUCAUCCGCCACGGCAAGACGACGCACAACAAGCUCGGCCUCUUCACGGGCUGGGAGGACGCGCAGCUCGCGCCCGAGGGCCGCGCCGAGGCCGCGGCCGCGGGCGCUUUGAUGCGCGCGCACGGCGUCGAGGUCGACGUCGUCUACACGUCGUGGCUCACGCGGGCCAUCGAGACGGCGUGGCUCGUGCUGAGCCCCUUGGACGCGCUCUGGGUGACGAUCCACAAGAGCUGGCGCCUCAACGAGCGCAUGUACGGGCGGCUCACGGGGUUGAGCAAGCGCAUGAUCAAGCAGAAGCACGGCGACGACCAGUUCAUGAAGUGGCGCCGGGGCUACCGCGAGCGGCCGCCGCCGGCGAGCCCCUUCAGCCCCUUCUACCCGGGCAACGACGAGCGCUACCAGAAGUACCUGCACCGCAAGUUCCCGCGGGCCGAGUCGCUCAAGGACUGCAUGGACCGCACGAUCCCCUACUACCAGAACACGAUCUACCCGCAGACCAUCGCGAAGAACCGGACGGUGCUCAUCGCGUCGUCCGAGAACGCGAUCCGCGGCCUGCUCAUGCACCUCUGCGACAUCCCCAUCGCCAACAUCUCCAACGUCGAGAUCCCGACGGGCGUGCCCCUCAUCUACGACAUC